CAGAGUAUUAAGAAUAUAUUCGAUUCUUUUGAAAGCUUCGAGAAAGCUCUCAAGAAAACCUUUAAUAAUUCCAAUAAAGAACAUAUUAUAGCUCAGCAGCUUAUAAACUUCAAGCAGAUUAAGUCAGCUUCUGCUUAUAUAGUUAGAUUCAAACAGCUCUUAGCAAGAUUUCUAUAA